CGCGUGAAAACCAAAAAAUUCGUAUUUAACCAAUUAAAUGUGCAAAAUUUGACCUGAAACCGUGAAAAAAGUGAAGAUGCCGCGUAGAAAGGAGUCAAAAGAGCAUUUUAGACCGAUAAAAAUCGAGAAACUUGAGUAUUUUGAGGGUAGUCCAAAGCGACAGAGACUUCCAAACACAAAUUCUGAUGAUUUUCCGACGAUAGAUUUAUGCAGCAGCCCCGAAGAAGCGAAUAGUGGACCCAUUUUCGCUCUUGAUAGCUCCUCGCCGACCUGUUCUCCGCUCUACAUGUCGACAGAUUCGUCUGAAAUUGACUUUCAGCAAGUGACGAGAGCAUCAACGAGUGAAAAUCGCAAAAAUUCCACAGAUGAUGGUCCUCCAGAUAUCCCGUGUUUCGAUUUGACGGAGCAACCAAAGACUUCAAAAAGUGAUAAACCUGAUGCGCCAAAAGAUAAUUCUGCUAAAAAGGAAGAAGUUCCUGUUCGUGAAAAGCGUCGACCUCCUCCGCCACUCGCAAUUCCCAAAGAAAAACCAAAAUUUUUGGCUGUCGAAGCGAUGCGUGACAAAAACCCGCGAAAUAAACCACAAGAAGAUGCUCCGAAAGAAGUUGAGCCAAAAACUUCGCAAAUUAUUCCUCUUCCAUCGACAAGUGGCAUGCCCAAAUUCAACAUCGUUCAUGCAGAUAAAACGAAAAAAUUGCAACCAGCGAGAGCAGUGAAGCGUGUUCGAAGUCCUUCGCCUUUGAAAUUCGAGAUUGUCCUGCAAAAUGCGAAACAGCCAAAAACGAAACGAGGUCGCAAGGCGCGUGCAAAGCCAAUUUUUCAAGAUGCCAUCACGCAAACGAUGAACGGAAAAAUUGUGCCUGAAGACGAUUUGAGUUGCGAAACGUGUAACAAGCGAUUUACGAAUCAAAAAGUGACGAUCGACAAUCACAGUAUUCGAAAUGCAUAUUUGGAAGCAUGUAUAAAAGUGUGGAAAGAAAAGGAAAAAGAACGAAAGGCGCAGGAAGAAAAGGCGAAGAAGGAAGCUCUUUGUCCGAAAAAAGUUGUCGGAAAUCCGAUGAAAGUUAUUAAAGAAGUUUCUCGGAUGUCGGCGCCGACGCAUAAAGUUCCAACAACGGGAGUUAAGCCGAAAGUUAGUGAGGAUGUGAAUUUGAAUCCUGAACCGAUGGAAGUUGAAGAACCUCCAAAAGUCGAAGAGCCUCCUAAAGAGCCGAAAAUUUCGUUCACAUGGGAUGCUGAGAAACCAGAAAAGCCAAUUUUCCGUCCAGCUCAUUACACGAACGAUGACUUUUUAGACGUGAAUCGCAAUGUUCCGAGUCUCAUUCCUCAAGGCGCCUUCAAAAGUAAGCCCAUCACGAAAAAAGAUGAUGUCGCACGUAUCGGAAAAUUCAACGAGCUUUACGAUAAUCCUCUUCGCCCGAAAUUACUCGAAGUCGAACAUCCGCCCGAGAAGGAAGAUGCCCAAUCUCUCGUAAAAUCAAACGUUGCCUUUUUCGACGAGCCUGAACCCGAACAUCCUGACAUCGAUCCUGAGCUUGCAGAAAUUUUCGCAGACAUUAGUGACGACGAAGAUGAUGAAAAUCAGGAAAUCGAAGCAAAAUUCAGCGACGACGAGGAGGAAGAAGCAACGGAUGAAGCAAUGGAUACUUUCGAGUCGCCUCAUAAUGAUAGCAUGGUGUCAUCUGAGCAUUCAAUAGCUGAAGAUGCGUUAUUGGAAAAUAACGAUUUCGAUAUGUUGAUGUUUGAUCAGGAUGCAAUUGACCCGUUGGAAGCUGAAAUGCCGCAGGAACCGACGCCAGUUGAGGCUUCGAAGCGAAUCGAGCAGGAAAUUGAGAAAACUAAGACAAAAACUUUGCUUGAAAUCGUCAAUGAUGACGAACUUGACUUUGAUGACGAGUUUGACGAUGAUGAUAUUGAAUCACCCGCUUAUGAAGUCAUUACGAACGCCAAAAGUCCUGAAAUCUCCGAAUCUGAAGUAGAAUUGGAAAAAUCUGAACCUCUAAAGGCAAAUACUCGACCAAAAACAUCCAUAGAUUCAGGUUGUUCCCUUUCUCAAGACCAAGAAUCAUCACCGAUGGAGACGUCUGGUUCAGAAACUGCAAUUUCAGUAAAUGGAGACACAAAAAUCGCAGAUUCCAAUGGAAAUUCACCAAAUUUUGACGUAGAAAAUAUCGUGAAUGACAUCGAAAAGUUAAAAGCAACGCUCAAAACAUGCACAAACGACGAUUUAACCGAAAUUUACGGAUAUUGCGUGACAGAUCGUGAGUUCUUCAAAAGCCAUUUCGACUUAAUUGCAAGUGAAAUGGGAAAUCGCGGCAUGAUGGAUCACAUAAUGCGUGCUUUACGAGUUUGUGAGAGCUACGAAGCCUUUUUGCACUACCGGACAAUCAUCGACGCUCUCAUUUUGGCGGGAUUUCAAACAACUGUCGCCGUCAAAUACAUCACAAACAACUCGAUAAACAGCUCGGAUGCCUUCGAAGUCGUUUCAGAAAUCAUUUUUGAGCGGAAUUUCGUAGAUGACAGCUUGGAUUACUUUAAAAAAUCCAUAAAACACUUGAAAAAUGCGACGCUUGAACGACUUUUGACACAUGCUAUCAAGACAGAAUCGUGUAUCGACGAAUGGAAACGCCUCGUAGAAGACAUUCUCGCAAACAGGAAUUUGCGACAAGCACUUCACGGUAAUCCAAAGCUGCGAGAACAGGUGAUGACAUGGCUGGGAAAUGACAAAAAGGAAGAAAUUCGUGAGCCAGAAGCUAAAAUGGAAACAAAAACUUUUUCGAUACCGUGGCAGAGAACAAUCAUUAACAAUAGAUGUGUUAAUAAUGGUUCAAAAAAAGCUUUGCCUCCACUUUUACCCAUAAAUGGAACGAAAAAAUAAUUUUUUUCUUUAAUUUUUCUGUGUCAAUAUAUUAAGUACUAUUAAUAUUAAUUAUUAUAUGUUAAAAAGAUGUUUCUUUUGUCGAGAAAACAUUAAAUUUCUAUCGAUUUCGAACUUUAAAUACAUUAAUUUUUAACUUACCUUUAAUUUUUAAUCAAAAUAAAAUAUAUUAUUUUUCAAUAUAAAGGCAAUUUACCAUUAA